AUUUCUUGAGUACAGUAUCUAGGAAAGGCGUAAAGGUUUCCACAACUAGCUUCCAAAUACCCUUUAAUAUUUCAAAUACCCUUAAAUUUGUACGAUUAGUCUAAACAGAGUGUACAAAUGGGAUUCACAAGGUGACGACGUUUCUAGCAGCAGCUGCAGCAACCACCUUUCCUGCUUUUCCAGAGGGUAGGUAUUAGCACGCUGUGCAGACCGCAGCCAGCUUGCUGUGGCUGCCUGCAGCUUCAAAGGUAGUACGUUCCAGCACUGGAAGAUCUUUUUUUUCCCCCCCUUUCAUCGCUAUUGCGGUCUCGACAUGAAAGAAAAAGGGCUGACACCACUCAAUCCCGUGUGACACCUGACACCUAUGCAAAGAUGGAAAAAAGUUAUUUCAUGAUGUGUGAGCGAAAGUGACACCGCCUGAGUUUUACAGCGCUGUGAAUCACAGUCUUCUCUUUUCUACCCUAUUUUGGUUCCAGGCAUCCAUAUAAAGUUAAGUCAAUAAUACAGUAUUCAGUAAUAGAGGAAUAAAACAACAAGAAUAUGCACAGCAAUGUGGUGGACACAUGCCAGCUCUUACUUUCGUCUAUUAACGUUCCUUCAUUUUUAGGCUGUUCAGAUGAAAGUAAAGAAGCCAAAUGUGUACAGUAUUCGAUAUAACACUGCUGUGUUUGAUGUGACGAUGCCAGCACCAGGAUGAAGUUCAGCUGAGCGCACACUCACAAAUAGCAACCAGUGUGCCUCGAGAGCAAUGAGAUCAGCUGUUUCUAAUGUCAUUAAAACUCCAAUUUCGUAAUUUCUAAUUUAAUUUUAGACACAACCCCUCCCCUCACUAAACACCCCCACCACCCUGACUCCCGAGAGCGCAGCAGGUCCUGCGAACUCCGGGAAAGGCGCCUCCUUGGCGGAGACACCUCCCGUCCCCGCCCCGGCACCGAGCAGCAGCAGCGGCACGGCCGGUUCCCUUCCCUUCCCGGGCGGGCCGGGGCCGGCGGGGCCCGGCUGCCGCAGCUGACAUGGCGGCCGCAGGCCCCUCCCGCGCUGCCGGCCCGGCAGCGGCCGCGCCUCCUCGGCCGGCCCGCAGCAGGGCGGCGGCGGCGGCGGCUUCCGGCGGAGCCCUCCUGCCUUUAACAAAGAUGGUGCUCCCCGCGCAAGCUCCGCGGGCGCCGGCGCGUCCUGGGUAGCUUCCCGCUCCCCUCGUGUUGCCAGAUGGAAGCCAGAGACAAGCAGCUUUUACGCUCCCUGCGCCUGGAGCUCUGCACAGAGGUGCUGGUGGAUGGACUCGUUAUUCAGUAUCUCUACCAAGAAGGGAUUCUCACAGACAGUCAUGUUCAAGAAAUAAAAGCCCAAACCACUAGUCAGAGGAAAACCAUGAUGCUUCUUGAUAUUCUCCCCACCAGAGGACCCAAAGCUUUUGAUGUGUUCUUGGAUUCCUUACAGGAGUUCCCGUGGGUUAAGGACAAGCUGAUGCAAAAGCGUAAGGAAAUGACAAUACAAGAUCCUUCAGACUUAACUGAGGUUGCACCAUGCGUUUUGAAGAUGUCACCAACAGAUCAGCAGUUGAACAAGCUGGCAAGGAGGCUGGGGCCUGAAUGGGAGCAUGUAGCUCUGUGCUUGGGUUUGUCCCAUACUGACAUCUAUCGAUGUAAAGUCAAUCACCCUCACAACCUGCAGUCACAGAUCGUAGCUGCAUUUGUCCUGUGGAAACAGCGUUUGGGGAAAAAAGCAACAAUCCAAAGUCUGCACUCCAGUCUGAUGGCAGAGGAAGUGGAUCCUUCGGUGAUACAAUACAUGCUUGAGUGAAGCCAUGCUAUUUAUUCAGAGCAUCCACGUAUUUCAUUCAAUUACGUGAAGAGGAUGGAAAUGUAUGUUGAAGAUCGGAUGCUUCAAGCUGUAAAAAUAGUGGGGUUGGGAACUGUGAUUUUAUUAAGCUUAAACAUUCCAGUUUUCUGUGGCAUCUUAUGAAUUGUAAUUCUUUUCAUGCCAGAUUAAUUUUUAGCAGGCAUUAAAAAAUAGAUCACUCUU